GGACGGUGGGGAGGACCUCGAGGAGGAUGAGGGGCUGGGGGGUAUGCCGCAGGAGCUAGACCCGACCCUAGUUUGGUCUCCGCCGGUGGAGGAGGUGUACGUUGCAGCCGAGGAGAGGCUGGAACCACGGGACAAGAAGCCGUAUAGGCGCGGGAUUACGAAACUCCCCAAGCUAAAAACUUGGGCCUUCCGCGAUGUUGUUCUCGUGCCCGCUGGAAAGAGCAUGUUCAAGUAUGGCGACCCGAGGAGGAAGCCGACACGUGAGUACCCGAACAUCCUUGGAGGCAUAAUUAGGAAGCAUUUCCCUGGGAUUGUCAAUCUCCCUACUGGUGGCCGCGACGUGGCUUGGACUUGGAAGCACUACAGCUACGCGGAAGAUCCUAGCGGCAAGUACGAAAACAUGCAAGAGCGGGUUGUCCGCCACUUCUGGAAAUACUUCAAGAGGGCUGAGGGCAAGGAAAUUGCGUGCGACGUUAUCUUACACGAGUUGUGCAGGGUGAGGGUGACUGGCAUGCACUACGAGGCACGUGUCCAGUGCGUCCGCGACUGGCACGCCGAGCGCAAAGUUUGGAUGAGUAAGGCUGAUUGUCGGGAUACGCUCAUGGCACCAUGGCAGUACAUGCAGCACCCUCCUCAGUACGUCGGGGAAGACAGGGCGUGCUUUCUUGCGAUGGUCAUAUGGUGGACAUCCCGCGAGUACGCCCGGAAGCACGAGGAGGGCAAGCAGAAGCGUUCAGAGAUGGGAGGUGGAUCACAUGUCCUGGGCAGCAAGAACUUGGCCCUUACCUUGCAGGAUGAGGAAGUGAAGACAGGCGUGGCACCAAACUUGUUUGGCUUUUUCCAAAAGUCGAAGACCAGGAAGGAGCCGCAUCCUGAAACGGGGUCCUUGUGGGUCAACGACCUAGCGGAGGGCCAGUGUGGCGCGUACCGCUCGAAGUUCAAGGACAAGCACGGCGAAGACGCCGACCCAACCACCGAAGAGUUUGACGUUGAGGUUGCGGUGCUUGCGGGACAAGGCAAGAAGGGUGGCCGCCUAUGGAUUGCUGACGGGUUAGUCGACCCAAGUACCAUUCCAUCUCUACGCCAGAUCCGUCGUGGGCGUACGAGCGAGCAGCCUCGGGUAGAGACCCGCCCACGGGCUUCGGACCUAGCUAUCGAGAAGUUACGGGCGGAGAUGGAAGAAAGGGAACGGAGGCACCAAGAGGAGCAGAUGCAGAUGCAGCAGCAGCUUAGGGAGAACAUGCAGAUGCAGCAGCAGAUGUUGCAGCAGAUGCAACAACAGCAGCAGAUGUUCCAGCAGAUGUUCAUGAACCAGACCGUGCUGACUUCACCACCGGGGAGUAGUGGUCCUAGCACGUCGUGUCCUCCUAUGUUCCCACAUUUUAUCCCCACGCCCGAUCCGGCUGUGAUGGCGCUCCUCCAGCAAGCGCCAAGUCAGAGCCCGCUGACACCUGGCUUGACCGUCAACAAUACGGGCAUCAUCCGGAGCCUGCAGCAGUUUCUAGGAGGACAAGGAGGUGGAGAAGGACAAGGAGGUGGAGAAGGACAAGGAAGUGGAGAAGGACAAGGAAGUGGCGAAGGUUGAUGUUGCUUGUGUAUGAACUUGUUGUGCGACUUGCCGCAUUCUAUGUUGGAGACUUUGUUGUUGAUGUUGGACUACUUGUUGUAUGAACUAAUUAUGUGAUUUGGAACUAUUGUAUGGACUUUGUUGGACUACUCUUGUAUGAACUUUGUUGUUGAUGAUGCAAAUACUCUAUAUAUUGUGCUAUAUGUGUAUCUGGAUGAUUAUUGCUAUUUGUGAAUUGCAUAUGCAGGGAUUAAUGGGGAAGCAGGGAAAUU